GACCCACUAUUUUCCUGGCGUAGUGCAUUCCCAAGAAUCUCAACCUCUGGAAAACACUCUCACACAGUCACACUCCUCUCAGCUUGCUUCAAACUUCCGAAACCCCUCAUUGUUUCCGGUGCGGCGUUGCCGGAAUCUUAUUAUCUUCUUCUUUCUAAGAUAAUUGUAUAAAAUGGCAUUUGUUGUAAAAGUUCCGGGGAAUGUGAGCAUUUCUUCGCAGUGCAAAUUUGGGGGUUUUUCUGGGAGUAGAGUUGGGAAAUCAGGGUUUCAAAACGGGCGUAGAUCGUUUGUUUCAGCAGUAAUGUCAAGCAGCCCUGCCCAGAAUGUCGAAAAUCUCUCCAUCAAGUCCAAAGAUAUUGGAUUGCCCAUUUUGGUCAAUAGUUGCAUGGGAAAAAUGGGGAAAGCAGUUAUUGAAGCGGCAUCUAAUGCUGGCCUUCAUAUUGUUCCUGUAUCAUUUGGUGCUCAAGAGGAAAGUGGACAGUCUGUCCAAGUGGGGGGUAAAGAAAUUCAGGUCCACAGUCCUUCAGAAAGAGAAGAUAUCCUUGCCUCCGUCUAUCAUGAAUAUCCAGAGCUGAUUGUGGUAGACUACACAGUGCCUACUGCAGUUAAUGACAAUGCAGAGUUGUAUUGCAAAAUUGGGGUGCCUUUUGUGAUUGGAACGACUGGUGGAGACAGGGAGAGACUUCAUAAGACUGUGGAGGAAUCGAAAAAUUAUGCUGUCAUAUCUCCCCAGAUGGGAAAGCAGGUUGUGGCAUUUCUUGCAGCUAUGGAAAUUAUGUCUGAGCAAUUCCCUGGAGCCUUUUCAGGAUAUUCUCUCCAGGUCAUGGAGUCUCAUCAAUCCAACAAAAAGGAUGCGUCUGGGACAGCUAAGGCGGUUAUCUCAUGCUUUCAAAAACUUGGAGUAGACUUUGAUAUGGAUCAGAUACAACUAAUACGGGAUCCUGAGCUGCAAGUUGAUAUGGUGGGUGUCCCGAAAGAGCAUGUUGCUGGUCAUGCAUUCCACAUGUACCAUCUAACGUCACCCGACCAAACGGUAUCAUUUGAAUUUCAGCAUAACGUGUGUGGACGCUCUAUAUAUGCUGAGGGUACUGUCGAUGCUGUGCUUUUCCUAGCAAAGAAGGUUCAAUCCAAGGCUUCGAAACAAAUCUACAAUAUGAUCGAUGUCUUGCGUGAAGGCAACAUGCGAUAAAUUUGUCUGAACUUUUCCGACAUUUGAAGAUCGUUUCUAGUUGUCGACGGUGGUUCACAUAUGCCUACCCGGAACCACUGGGAACUAGAUUAUUUUCUUAUGUAACUUUAGGAAAUCAGAGUCAAUAAGCUUGAGCAUAAUUUUGUAGUCUAGGGUGUGUUAAGUUGUAUGGAUUUGGGCCUUUGUGAUCUGUGGUACAUGGAAAGGCCCAAAAUAUGUAUGGAUUUGGGCUGAGGAACUUUUUUGUAAACACUAAUUUUAUUAAGUGUUUAACUAGUUUUUUUCUUAACGAAUAAGAUUUUGUCA